CGUAAAUCUGUGUAACCAGACUUCCCUAUAAAUAUCCACAAAGACAAUCCCUCAACCAAACGCAAUACUUGAUCAUGAUUUCUCUUUGGUCGUUCCUAAUUCACACCCUACUCUUUGCCGCAUGGGGUGCAACCUUUGCGCCCACGGACGUCCGUGCCAUGCCCCCACCACCACCGGUCCAAUGCGCCCGAACCGGUUCCGGUUGCACCCUUUCCAACUCCUACGGCGUGUGGGGCGACCGGGAGGACUGCCGCGUCCCCACCGUACUUUACCCCACAACCGACGAGGAGCUCCGCCUAGCCGUUGCCGACGCCGUCAAAAACAACCUAAAGGUAAAAGCGACCACCAAGUUUUCCCACACCAUACCAAAACUGGCAUGCCCCUCAACAAAGCCUGCAGGGAACUCAGUUCUCAUUAGUACCGAGAACUACAACACCCAGAUCGUCGUCGACAGGUCGAAGAUGGCGGUCACAGCGGAUUCAGGCGUGGGCCUCCGGGCCCUUAUCGACGCGGUGGAGGCGGAGGGGCUGAGUUUGGCGGCGGCGCCGUACUGGGAAGGCGUUAGCGUGGGUGGGUUAAUUAGCACAGGGGCGCAUGGGAGUUCUUGGUGGGGGAAAGGAGGGGCAGUUCAAGAUCAUGUUAUUGGGAUAAGCCUCGUUGUUCCUGCAAGUGGGUCUCAAGGGUAUGCUAAGAUAUUGAGAUUGGGAGAAAAAGACCCAAGUUUUGAUGCCGCAAGAGUUUCUCUGGGAUUGUUGGGUGUUAUCUCUAAGGUGACAUUCUCAUUGGAGCAAGGAUUCAAGAGAAGCAUAACCUAUAGUUUCACAAAUGAUGUGGGGAUUGAGGAUAAAUAUGCAGAACAUGCCAAGGAUCAUGAAUUUGCAGACAUAACAUGGUAUCCAUCAAGACAUGAAGCUGUGUAUAGGAUUGAUGAUAGAGUUCCUUUGAACACAAGUGGAGAUGGAGUAAAUGACUUCUUAGGCUUUCAGUCCACUUCUAUUCUGGUCUCCAAAUCAACUAGAGCAGCAGAGAAAGCACUGGACAAUGCACGAAACGUUGAUGGAAAAUGCGCAAUGGCAUCAUCAUUUAUAAGUUACAAGAAACUAAUUGCCAAUGGAUUAAAGAACAACAACCUUAUCUUCACCGGAUAUCCGGUCGUGGGUCGCCAGGGAAAAAUGCAAACCUCUGGAUCCUGUUUAUACUCUCCAGCAUCAAGAAUUGACGUUUCUUGUGCUUGGGAUCCAAGAAUCAACGGCUUGUUCUUCUACGAAUCGACGGCCAUAUUCCCUGCCCAAAAGUUCGCAAAUUUCAUACUCGAUGUGAAGAGAUUGAGAGACUUAAAACCUGAGAACUUCUGCGGAGCAGAUAUCUACAACGGGUUCUUGAUCCGUUUCAUUAAGGCUUCUAGCGCGUAUCUAGGGCAACCCGAGGACUCCGUAGUGGUGGACUUCAAUUAUUAUCGCGCGGAUGAGGCUUCAACGCCUAGACUAAACCAAGACGUGUGGGAAGAGGUGGAGCAAAUGGCGUUUUUCAAGUAUGGGGCCAAGCCACAUUGGGCUAAGAAUAGGAUUGUGGCCUUUACGGAUGUGGGCAAGAAAUAUCCAAAUUUUCAAAAGUUCAUUGCAGCAAAGAAGAAAUUGGAUCCUAUGAGCAUGUUUUCUAGUGAAUGGUCUGAUGAGAUAUUGUUUGGGAAGGGAGGUGAGAGAUAUGAUGGGUGUGCCUUGGAAGGGCAAUGUGUUUGUUCAGAGGAUAGGCAUUGCAGCCCUGGCAAAGGAUACUUCUGUCAAAAAGGGCUUGUUUAUCAAGAAGCUCGAGUCUGUCGAUACUCUACAGCCCAACGACUUCUUGCAUUGUGAUGCUACAAAUACAGAAAAGUUGAAUGUACUGCAAUAUUCUUACGGAAAAACUUAUUUACAGACGUGUAUUUGCAUUUACGGAGGCCAAUUGCAUGCGUCCAAAGUGUAUUAGACGGUUCGGAUCGUAAAAAAAUUAUUUGCGAGAGGAGUUAAACUCUUCCGGCGAAUAGUUUUUUUAACAAAACCGGAUCGUCCAAUGCUGAAACGAACAGCUUUGAUUGCGCAGCUCCGUAAACAACCCCACGGAGCUUCCGUGAAAAAGUUUCUCUCAUAUUUUAGUGAUUUAGGAUCCUAUUUAGAAGGAAUGCAUUUCCUAUUGUAUUUAAUCAGAAAAUAGUGAAGCUGCGAUUGAUUUAUUCAA